AUCACCCUCACGUCAUUGAGUUUUCAUCCCUACGUCUUCCCCGAAGACGGGGGGCAAUGGCAUGUGGGCCCUUGCGAGUGGCCUGUCUUUCUGUUUCUUUCUUUUUUUUCCUUUUUUUCCCCUCGAAGGCUCGAACCCAAGCGCCGUCCACUUUAACGACAAAAAUGCUGAGCUCGGAGUUCUGGCCCGUUGCCCAGUCUUUGGCCUUCCAUAAAGCUGUCAAACAUACACUCCUGGGCCCCAAUGUCAAUACGGAGCAGCCUCCAAGCGGUCGGCAGUUUUUGCUUAGCUGUGCAGCGGCCUACAGGAUAUGAGAUCAGCGAUAAUAGACCCUUAGGAAAGGUGUUAAUCCCAUUCAAUCAGCCAACGGAAUGCUGUCUGACAUUUUGGGUGCAAUUUUUUUUCUUUAUCGGGGGAUUGGAUUGCUGACCCUGGUAACCUAGGUACAUGGGUAGAUAUGUAUCUUCGGUACGUACUGCCAGGCCUGUUUCGUCGUGCACUUGGUCCCUUGUUGUCUGAGGUCUUAUGGGGGAACAUGUCCUCUCCUGCUGGGGGCUUCCCUGCGUUUGUCAAGACGAUCCUCUGGUCCCUGAAGUUCUGGACCGCACUCUCAACAUGGGGUCCAGCUGCAGCCACAAAGUCAAAUUUGGA